GUCACCUUACCCUAGAGCAGCGGCUAGUGGCUGGCCUUGAAUCCCAGCCCGGUCACUUAUGUGUGACCUUGGAAAGUCACACACCUUCAGUGAGCCUCCCCUUGUGUCCAGUGGGGACAGGAACACAGGCAUCUCACAGGGGUUGUGAGGGUAAGCGAUGCCAUUGUUGUGAACGACCAGGAGGUCGGUUCCGACCCCUGGCAACCCUAUGGACGAUAGGAUGAGAGGUUGGCUGGGUCUGGGACAUCUCCAUGAUCACACGCUCCAAGUCACUGUGCCUGCCAACCUAGGGGGUUCAUCUCCCAGCACUGCGGUAGCAAAUGCUCUCUUAUGAUCCUUGGGGUUUUCAUGAGCUAAUUUUCUAAGGAGACUCGCUAGGUCCUUCUUCCUAGAAGUCAGUAAGCUUAGCUCUGCGAGCACCUGUCAUCCACUGUGGGUGACCCUGAUGGCAUUUGAAAUACCAGCAACAGAGCUCCGAGCAUCACGACACCGCAGUACAACAGUGACCGGGGCUGAUGGCAAUGAGCAGGAAAGCAACACUGUUCUCAAGCCGAGGCUGACUCGUGACGACCCUGUGAGGGCCAGGCUAUGCAUCUUCACAGAAGCGGCCUGUCACAUCUUUCUCCCGUGGAGGGACUGGUGGCUGUGAAUAAUCAACCUUUGGGUCGCACAGCUAACCAAGAGCCAAGGGUUUAACUACCCCACCACCAGGGCUACCUCAAGGAAUGGUGGUGGUGGUUGUUAGGGGCCGUCUCAUUGGUUCUCACUACGGCUCUGUGCACCGUGUAUAGCAAUACUGCCAGGCCCUGGGCCAUCCUCACAGUCUUUUGAGUUUCUCGUUGAGGGUCUUCCUCUACUUUACCAAACGUGAUGUCCUUCUCAAUGCACAGGAGUGAGCACCAUGAUCUCUCUCUGACCCCCAGCUCUUUCUCACCAGCCUAGUCACAUAAGCCUCCUCCUAGAUCUCCAUUUUCAAUGGCAAACCUUCACCCAGCAUCUGUUCUUCCUCAGGAAGCUCGCUCCCAAGCCAGCCGCUGUAGAUAACAUGGCAAGACUGCGCCCGGCCUUCAGGUGCCCACUGGCCCGCAUACCCUCCUAGUCCCACCAGGAGCCAGCACCCAUCUCCCGCCUCCACCAUGGCAGCCCUGAUCGCAGAGAACUUCCGCUUCCUCUCCCUCUUCUUCAAAAGCAAGGAUGUGAUGAUCUUUAAUGGGCUGGUGGCGCUGGGGACGGUGGGCAGCCAGGAGCUGUUCAGCGUGGUGGCCUUCCACUGCCCCUGCUCACCAGCCCGGAACUACCUGUAUGGGCUGGCUGCCAUCGGCGUGCCCGCCCUGGCGCUCUUCCUCAUCGGCGUAAUCCUCAACAACCACACGUGGAACCUCGUUGCCGAGUGCCAGCACCGGAGGGCCAAGAACUGCUCGGCUGCUCCCAUCUUCCUGCUCCUGAGCUCCAUCCUAGGCCGUGCGGCUGUGGCCCCUGUCACCUGGUCAGUCAUCUCCCUGCUGCGCGGGGAAGCUUACGUCUGUGCCCUCAGCGAGUUUGUGGACCCCUCCUCCCUCAGAGCCCAGGAGGAGGGCUUCCCAUCAGCACAUGCCCCUGAAAUCUUGGCCAGAUUCCCUUGCAGGGAGGGCCCAACCAACCUGUCAGUCUUCCAGGAGGAGGUCAGCCGCAGGCUGCGGUACGAGUCCCAGCUCUUUGGAUGGCUGCUCAUCGGCGUGGUGGCCAUCCUGGUGUUCCUGACCAAGUGCUUCAAGCAUUACUGCUCACCACUCAGCUACCGCCAGGAGGCCUACUGGGCUCAGUACCGCGCCAAUGAGGACCGGCUGUUCCAGCGCACGGCAGAGAUGCACUCGCAGGUGCUCGCCGCCAACAACGUGCGCCGCUUCUUCGGCUUUGUGGCGCUCAACAAGGAGGAGGAGGAGCUGGUUGCCAAGUUCUCUGUGGAGGGCACCCAGCCACGGCCCCAGUGGAACGCCAUCACCGGCAUCUACUUGUACCGGGAGAACCAGGGGCUCCCCCUCUACAGCCGCCUGCACAAGUGGGCCCAGGGCCUGGUGGGAAAUGGCAUGGCCCCGGACAACAUGGAGAUGGUCCCGCUCGCCUCCUAAGGCUCCUGCUCCAAUGCCCGCUCAACAUCAGGAAGGGCUCUUAUUGAAAAUCACAACUCCCCUGGAAACACGCUCCAGGGGAGAGGCCUGGAGUAGGGGGGAAACCCAGGGCCUGUGUGGUCAGCUGACGGCAAGAUGUUCAGACCAACAGAAACCUCCGCUCUUGCUGCCACUGGCCGUCAGCUUUGGCGGGGCAGGGGGGUGAUGCUUUCCUGGGAUUGGGCCUGAAUUCACGGGGCUCUUUUCUUCCUGGUGGGACUCUAAGGCUGAGAGGUCCCAGCCAGCAUAGCCAGGUGACGCUGACACCAACAGGCUCCUUGUGUGGUUAACUUGUGUCUAAUUGCAGAUGGAUGUGACUCAGGUGCACAGCUGCAAAGCUGCCCUCCAGUAACAACGUAUGCCACCGGCCUUCUUUUACAUAUUUGGCCUUUUAUAAAGCUUUUCUCAGUAUAAACCACUA